AUGGAUGGUGCCGUUGGCAUGCAUCAUCAACCACGCGACCUUGGCGUGCAGACGAACGGGGCUCUGACCAAUGUUUUCGGCGACCUUGCCAUCCGUGUCCGUCGAUUGCGAGCCCGAGCUUUUGGACUAAUAUCGUCCGGAAUAGGUGCAGGUCCAAUCGCCGGCUUCCUCCGGUUCAAAGACCAACAAUACAACCUCGGGGGAGCACGAGCCCUCGAACAAGGCGCCAAGUCCUCCCAGGCCCCCGCCAAGCCAAGCAAUAUCACCAUCCGGCGCAGGAAAACCCGGCCGCCAAGAAAUGUGAGUCUUGGCCAACGGAGAGAUGAUCAUUACCUGGCCAGUUACAAGCCACCGCCGGCCAAUCAUGUUUUCGCCCACGAGCCGCCCCAGGUUCUAUACCGUAUUCACUCACUACCCAUCCCCGCGAUGUCUGCCCCGUAUCUUGGCCUCCCAUGGGGAACUGGGGUGGCCUCGGGUUACCGUUUCUGUUAA